UCUCUCUCUCUCUCUCUCUGUCGGAGUUGCCACUGAUGCUGCAGAUUGUUGCUUUAUCUCCAGCAGCAGCAGCAGCCAUGGCGACAAUGGUCCAACCGCUUACUCUGGAUCGAGACGUGGCCAGGGCCAUCGAGUUGCUGGAGAAGCUACAGGAGUCUGGGGACGUCCCGGCUCACAAGCUGCAGUCUCUCAAGAAGGUGCUGCAGAGCGAGUUCUGCACGGCCAUCAGGGAGGUCUAUCAGUACAUGCAUGAGACAAUAACAGUGAAUGGCUGUCUGGAGUACCAAGCCCGGGCCACGGCUAAGGCAACAGUUGCAGCCUUUGCUGCCAGCGAGGGCCACUCGCAUCCCCGUGUGGUGGAGCUGCCCAAGACGGACGAAGGGCUCGGCUUCAACGUGAUGGGCGGCAAGGAGCAGAACUCGCCCAUCUACAUCUCACGCAUCAUCCCGGGGGGCGUGGCCGAGAGGCAAGGCGGCCUGAAACGGGGCGACCAGCUGCUGUCCGUCAACGGUGUGAGCGUGGAGGGGGAGCACCACGAGAAGGCGGUGGAGCUGCUGAAGGCAGCCAAGGACAGCGUGAAGCUGGUGGUGCGCUACACGCCCAAAGUCCUGGAGGAGAUGGAGGCGCGUUUCGAGAAGCUUCGCACGGCCCGACGGCGCCAGCAGCAGCAGCUGCUCAUCCAGCAACAGCAGCAGCAGCAGAACCCGGCUGCCCAGCAGAACCACACCUCGUAGGUGAGGCUUUUCAUUGCUUUCAGGCCCCCAGAGGAGACAGGACCUCGGGCCUAAAUUCUGUAAUCCCUCACCUGCCGGGCCAUACCAAUGCCAUGGUAGGGGGUAAGGGGCGUGGCCUAAUCAGGAACGAACCAUUCCAGCACCACACAGCAGCCAUAGUUACAGAGCAUCCACAAGGACAACAGCUGAAGCUCCAGUCUGAAAUAUUACUGUAAAAAUGUAUCAAAUGCUUUUGUUCUACUGGGGCUCAAUAAAUACUGUUUAUCCUUGAGGGCUGACACCUCUUUUGUGCUGUGGCCUUUAAUGCAUGAGAAAAAUGAACCAGCCCUAAUUUAUUAUGGCAUCAGAAAAAAAGGUAGUUAAAUGUGUUUCAGAAAGCGCUCUGGGAAGCCCGCUGGGAAUAAUUUGGCGUACUUGCCGUUUCAAUCAUCUCUGCAGACGCACCAGCAGCAAUAAUCUUAUUCCUUGGAUGUGUGAAGGGCUUUUUAAUGAUUUAUUGUUUAACAAAUACAGUGUCUGACUACAAUGCGAUCAGGGUGGAUUUGUAACGCCACAGCAUGGAAAUCACGGACCGUGGGAGAUUCGCAUGCUAGCCGGGGAGCAACAACCAACUCACAAACAUUUAAAUAGUACAGGUACUUCAAAUCGAUACAUUCCCUACUUGAUGUGUCAUUCUGCUCGCCCAUGGAUACAAAGGGAAAUUGAAAUAGCUUUCUGUCUUUGCUCCAUCAUUACUCAAAGGUUUAGUUUGUUCCAUCAUUACUCAAUGCCGUAGCUGUAUUGACCAACAAAUUUAAGGUUUCUGUAAACUGCAAGUGCUAUAAACAGACAGAAUGAAAUUAACUCCAAAAACAAAUAUUCAAUGUAAAGAUAAACAGUAAACCACAGACAGCAGAAACGUCCAUGGUCAGACUAGGUAUGUAAUAAAAUACUGGGUGCCACCCCCCCCCCCACCACAUAUCUGUUUGCUCCCCAGGUAUGUAGCCAGGUAGUGAAAUUGAACCCCCAAAUUUGUUCCUGCCCCCAGAUUGGCAAAAUCUACCCAGGGGAAUCUACUCCAAUCUAACCCCCCCCCCCCUGUUAAAAAUCUACCAAUAGUGACCUAUCCCUCAUUUAUUUCUCGCUUCCGUGGCUGCCUUUGAUGCAGCUCCGGGUCCGAAGAGCGCUAUAUGGACCGGAUCCUUCAUGCCGAAAUCCCAGAAAGUCCUUCACGUUAAUCCAUGUGAGCAUGUGAGCUGUGUGUGUGAGUGGAGCAAGCUGGCGUCCUACAUAAAUGGGCUGGCAGGAUGUACGAGUGUGAAAUGGACCCCCUGGCACGUGCAUAAGCGAGCUGCUCAGUGCUCUAGCUGGUUGAAAGCAGCAUUUGUGAGUUUUUAAAUAGGCAUGUGGUGAUACAAAUGAAGAAAUAUAUCCAUUCAGUCAACUGGUUAUCAUUUGGUCAGGGUCUUGGGGAGUCCCAGAAAUAUACACACACACACACACAUGCACACACACACACACACACACACACAGAGCCAUAUCUUUGUGGGGACCAUCCAUUCAUUCCUAGGGGCAAAACCCUAAUCCCAACAAUGAUGACCUUAAACCCUACCCAGUCCUAACCUUAACCAUAAGAAACCAAAGGAAAUGGAAGACUUUUGACUUUUUUAGUUUUUUGAUAGUUAAGUCACGUAUUUUAUAAAGCUGAGUUUCCCCUUGCGGGGACCAAAAAAUGGUCCUCAUAAUGUCAAAAUAAUUGACAUUUGGUCCCCACAAUGUAAUACACACACACACACACACACACACACACACAUACACAAACACACACACAGCAGGAGCAGGGUUCAUUAAAAAGGGACUGUGCUCAUAAACAACAUUAUGUAUUUUGAUAACUACUAAUUUACCGGUUGCCGAUUGUUUUAAUGGGUAGGUGCAUCCUGUGUAAUUGAGAUUUUACUGGCAAAUUCAUUCAUUAUAAAAAUAGCUGCACUUUCCAAACAACUGGCAUUGUUUAGAUGGGGGACAAUACUGUGCAAAUAAGAGACGUAAUUUGUCGGCAACGAAAGCUCGAUUUGCUUCUAACCGGCAAACCGUGUUGAAAGUUUGCGCACAGAACCUGCCCGCUGAAGCGCGCUAAUCUCUCCCCUCAGCUUCUGUCCUGCUCUGCUUCCCACAGCUUCUUCCACAAGAAGAAGAAGUAGAAGAUCGCGGUCAGGCGGCGUCCGGAGCGCGCCCCCGUCUUCAGCGCGUUCCCCGAGAGACAAUGAAACGUCUAUUUUUCAGUCUGGGCUAGUCCACCUUCCACGAAGCUGCUGUACCCCCCUAGCUGAAGAGCGGCGUAGUGAACACCCAGGAUAUGUACCCUAAACCCUACACACUGGUGCUUGAAAUACACACACACAGACACAUGUAUGAUCCUGUGCAAAGGCAGGUCUGCACUUCGCAUAGAGUAGUCGUUACUGUAUAAAAACUGUUAAAAAACAAAGCCCCUUUGUAGACUGCAGAAUACUACACCAUCCUGUUCCUUGUUUCUGUUUUUUAUACCUAGUUUACUGACUUCUUUCUUCUUUGCAUAAUUUACUUUGUAGAAAAAACAGUGUCCCUGUGAUGUUUGUAUCCUGACUGUGUAAAUGAGUACUUAUAUGUAAGAUUUGGUCCGGUUAUGAAUACAUGACUUUUUUUUUUACCUAAUGUACUGUAGCGAUAAACUGUUUUGUAUGGAAACACUAGCAGCUCAGCAAUAAGACUCGCUAAGCAGGGGGCACAAGGCUGAAGAACACGUGGAUGGACUUCCACAAAGAAAGGAGUCAGGCAUACCAGCCCUGAAGGAAAAAUGGAUGGGAAGACAAGUUUUUAAUGUCUCUUCCUGUGGAAAUGAUUUGGCAUGAAAGAGUGGAAAAAGCAGACCUUUACUGCUAAUCAAUAAUAUGAAUUUAAUCUAAAAAAAUAGUGAAUUAUGACUGGAAAGUAAAUGCCACGACUUGAAUUUUAUGAUAGUAAUUUACUGUAGUUCUAUCAUGAAGGAAAAACCAUAAAAUAUAUAAUCACCAAAUUUAAUACAGCAAAAAUAAUGUUUGUGCUGUGUCCAUGAGGCAAACUACA